GGGACGGGCCGACGGGCUGUUGAUGUGUUUUCCCGCCCGGUGCGUCAUUGGCUGCCUGACUGACCUCAGUUAGCAAUGGGAGCUUACAUCAGCUGGCGGCGGAGGCUUUGACAGGAAGGAUUUGGCUGCUCUGGAGUCCAGUUGGCAGAUAUGGUGAGGCACGGCGUGAUGUCGGAGCUGCAAACCAUCCAGCAUCCUCACCAGGGUAACCCCCUGGCUGUGGGCCAAGUAGGGCAAACCUGUGCGAGAAUCCAGAACAAUGGGAACAUCACGGAAGAACCGCAGCCCCCCUCGCAGGGUACAGCAGAGAUUGAGAAAAGUCAGCCGGUGAACAUCCCAGAUUUUUCCAAAAGGAGAAAGAAGAAACGGACCAGAGCAACAGACAGCUUCACAGGCACCUUUAAUGAUCUGUACAAACUGACAGAUGAGGUGCUUGGUCAGGGGGCAUAUGCUAAAGUUCAAGGAUGUGUGAGCCUGCAAAAUGGACAGGAGUUUGCUGUGAAAAUCGUAGAAAAGGCCGCAGGGCACAGCCGGAGUAGAGUAUUUCGAGAGGUGGAGACUCUCUAUCAGUGUCAAGGAAACAAGAACAUCUUGGAGCUGAUCCAGUUUUUUGAAGACAGCUCGUACUUUUACUUGGUGUUUGAAAAGCUGUGUGGAGGCUCCAUUCUUACACACAUCCAGAACCGAAAGCACUUUAAUGAAUUGGAGGCCAGCAAGGUAGUCCGGGACAUUGCGCAAGCUUUAGACUUUCUCCACACAAAGGGAAUUGCUCAUAGGGACCUCAAGCUGGAAAACAUCCUGUGUGAGUACACUGACCGGGUGUCACCAGUAAAAAUCUGCGACUUUGAUCUGGGAAGUGGAGUAAAGCUCAGCAGCGCCUGUACUCCCAUAACGACGCCAGAGCUCACCACGCCGUGCGGCUCCGCCGAGUACAUGGCUCCAGAAGUGGUGGAGGCGUUCACCGACGAGGCCUCCUUCUACGACAAGCGCUGUGAUCUGUGGAGCCUCGGGGUCAUCCUCUACAUCCUGCUGAGUGGAAGCCCCCCCUUCACAGGCCAUUGUGGCACCGACUGCGGGUGGGACCGGGGGGAAGCGUGCAGAGCGUGCCAGAGUUUCCUGUUUGAGAGCAUCCAGGAGGGGAAGUACGAGUUUCCAGACAAGGACUGGGCUCACAUCACAGACGGAGCCAAGGAUCUGAUAUCAAAGCUGCUGGUUCGGGACUCCACUCUGCGCCUCAGCGCUGCUCAGGUCCUGCAGCAUCCUUGGUUACAGGGGAAUGCACCAGAGAGAGGUCUUCCAACUCCUCGUGUCCUACAGAGGAACAGCAGCACCAAGGACCUGACCCAGUUUGCAGCAGAAGCCAUCGCCUUCAACCGGCAGCUCUCCCAGCACGACGAGCAGCAGGAGGACUCUGCGUCCAUCGUCUGCUCCAUGAGGCUGUCCCCUCCUUCCAACUCCCGGCUGGCCCGCAGACGGGCCCAGUCCAACGCUCUGCGCAGCAGGGACUUCUCCCCUGUUUCUGAUGACCUGGCAGCCUGAGCCACCAGCACAACUUCCCUCCUGGCUGUCUUCACUAAGCGAUAUCAGUUUCUCCUGGCUCUUUUUAUUAUUUUUUUUUAUUUUGCGUUUGUUUGUUUUGUUUCUUUGUUUGCACAGGGAGUCUUAUUGGAGCACUCGCAUGGCAUCAGAGUUGACUAACUUUACAUCCGACACUUUUUAAGCUGCCUAGGUUUUAAACUCUCGAGAUCGCUUUUUGCUUUUACAAAAAAGUAUUUCUUAAGCUUUACAGAUGUAUUUAUUGGUAAUUCUCAACCAAAAAGCCAACAACAAAACCUCUGUUGUUGCCAGCAGAUAAUUCAAGGACAUAUCAUUACCAAAACAGAGUUUUAGAGGUGCAGCUGUUUAUUGGCCUUGCGCAAAAAUAAUUGUUUUUUUCUGAUUUUAUUUCUGUCUCUCUCCAUUUUUUUACAUUUAUUUUUUAGCUGUGAAUUUUCCAGUAUUUUGAUUUUAUUAUUAAGCUUCUGAAAAGGGAUGAUAUGUGCUUCUUAAAGCCCAUAUGCGGAUGUGAUUGAAUGUUUGUGUUUAUAUUUGAAAGAUAGAAGUGGAUGAUUCUUGGAAAAAACUAGACCUUUUAUUGAUCUUACCAGUAAACGUCAUUAUGUAUAAUUGCGUGAGUGUGAAAUUCAGGUGCUACAAUGAAGGAUCUUUUCACUGCAACACAACCUACCUGUAGCACUGCUGUACUUUAAAAUGAACUUAGUUUUACUGAAUGCUAGAGAAGCCCAUUUGUGCCACUUGAAAGAAAAAUAAACUUAUAGUCACCAUUUAUAACGAUGAGGUUAUAAUAAACAUGAAAUACAAUGUAUAUUUAAAGUCAAGUCAAUUAAAUAUACAUUUAUAAAUGGUAACAUAUUUUUGAGAUAAACCAUUUUAUUGUAUUUCAUUCCAUUUUUCCUUUGUUUUGCAACAGCAACAUGUUUUUAAACAGUAAGUGUAAUACAAGUCAAAAUUAUGGUUAUCCACCUCAUAACGCUUUUAAUGUGGAUUAUAACUUAUUUUAUAAACCUUAAUCGAGAGUUGUGACUUCAAAUCUCAUAAUUUGAAUGAAAAAUUUUCAGUAAUAUAUUUACAAUCUACAAUUUUAGCAUUGAAAUGCUUGGCUAUGACUCCAUUUCUUUGAAGUUGUCUGAAUUGGCUUCCGUGGUACGAGGAGAAUAUAAUGUAUGCAGAGCAUUAUUAUUAUUAUUUUAUUUCAAUCCUCCAGAUAGGUUUUGCUUUGCUCUAAAAACACUACAACAAAUAUUGUUUAAUUUUUUGCUGGUCUCAGUUGUUUAGUAUAUUUGGAGUGGGGUUUUUUUCUUCUUCUUUUUGUAGACUUGAGCUGUGAUUCUUGCUUUUUAAGUUGUAGGUAGCUGUGAAAGUCAAAGGGAUUUAUUUUCAUGUUACAUUUGAUAGUAAGAAAUCAGCCUAAAGUCAUUUAAGGGAUUUUAUUUUUGUAAGUGUGUUUUGUUUAGUUUUGUAUCUGGAAAUGUGAACAUGGAAGAAAAAGGGAUCGAGCAAGCUGACGUUUGCCACAUGAAGCUAAAGACGUUUCGACUUCGUUUUGUUCUCGGUUCAUGUUCGGUUCCGCGGGAUCCACCUGAACUUCUUUUAACCCUUUUAAGAGAACGUGCCGCCCUCGAACAGAACCGCCCUCGAACAGAACCGCCCUCGAACAGAACCGCCCUCGAACAGAACCGCCCUCGCGCUGUUGCCAUGGUCACCCCAUCUCUUCAGCAACUGAGAGCUUUCAUUGUCAAGCAGGAAUUAAGAGAGAUUUGCUCUGAGACAACAUCAGGAAACAAUUACUUGCCAUGUUAAAACCCUCGCUCUUGUCUUUAUGAAUCAUAAAAAGAGCCCCUCCGCUCCCCUCAUGCCUGGUAGUAAUGGCAUCAAAUGAGAUGCAGUAAUGGGUGCGCAAUUAAGGAGCCCUGCGGAGCUUUGAUAUAGGACCUGAUGAGCAAAGCUGCUCUUGUGCAUGGAGCAGAUUUCCACUGGGAUGCUGUGUUCUCAAUAAAAAAGAUGUUGAAACAUCA